AUGUCGGGCAUAUUCUCCAACUUGCUUCCAGCAACACCCAAGGAUAAGCUCAAAAAAGCAGGUGUCAUUCUGGAUCGACUUCGCUCCCAGCUUGAGCAGGAGCCGGAUGAGCGAGUGAAGAUGGACUUUCAGGCCCAAGUGAUCGAGCACGAGCGCAUUCUGAUAGCGCUGUCGCAAGAGAGUUCAUGGCGGCACCCCUUGGACCAUAUGAGAAAUGUUAAUACCGCGGUUGCCGAGUUGGGAGAAACGAAGGACCAAUUUCUGACGGCCUCGGAGGAGGCGAGAAAGCGGGAGGAGGCGGCGCGGAAGGAGGAGGCGCGUGUAGCUCAAUUGCAGGCCGCCGUCACCAAGAUGUAUGAAACCUACGACAAACAUGUCUCUCUGAGGAGAAGGCCGCCUGUCCCAGUGGAGUUGCAGCCGCAAGAACUGGCACCAAAGAUGAAGUCAAGAUCAGCUUCCACUCAUACAACCGACAUGCCGUCCGCGGGGGCCUCGGCCGCAUCAGUUGGUGGCUUUACCAAAGGGCAUCGGCAUACCGACACUGCUGCAUUCGGAGAAAGUGGCGCAAGCAGGAGCGCUGUACAUCACAGCGGUUCCGAUGCGUAUGGGCGCGCGCGUACUUCCGAGGAGCACAGUAUGAUGAGCAAGACCUCCUCGUACGGAUCGUCGUACGCAUUAUUCUUCAUCGUCUCUGUCAAUUGCUCAUUCGUCCAGGUCCUCACAUCAACCCCGCCACGAGCGGACCUCGACCGAGUGAGCUCGAUCUAUAUGAUCAGGUUUGUUACCGGAUAUGAACUCAUCGACAGGGUGUUCGGGGGACGUCCGCCUGAGACGAGCGACAAUUCGCACUCCGGGCAUUCUGCGCGAUCUAUCGACUCUGCCGGCGAUCGCCGCUACAAGGAAGCCGGGAUUUACAGCAUAUCCUCAGCCGAUAUCACUAGGACACCAGCGUCGGGGCCCUACACCAACUACACGCACGCCAAGAAAGAAUCGAUGUCUGCGUCGAGGUCAACUUCUGAGUUGAACACUUCUCAGUGGCAACGUGAGCGCACGCCUGCGUUCCUCAACGCGCCAGGAGCACCUGUGCAGCAUCACGGCGACCCUCGCGGCACGCACGGUGGUCGCAAGACUCGCGGUAGGGAGACACUGGCGCCUCCUGCUCAGUACCCUUCCGGGCCCACCGGCAGCACGUAUCCGGUAGGAAGCGUCGGCUAUUCGUCUGGUACUAACUAUCCUGCGUCGGGAGGCGGUUACUCUGCUCGAGGCGGCGCUCCCCCUGCGGCUGGCCCAUCGGCUGGUGGAAGUGCCUACCUUGCUCCUUCUGGCGGUGCCUACCACGCACAGCCUGGCGGCUCUUAUUACCCGCCCGGUGGUGCGUACCAUCCUCCUGGACCUGGGCAGCCCCCUUCUUCUGGCCAUCACCCUGCGCCUCCUCAAGCGCCCUACUCGGGGCCGAUGCAGCCUCCUCGUCAGUCCUCGUCCCACGAGCACUCCAGCAAGCACGGGGGUGGCCGGCGUUGAACGGCCUGUUUUGCCGUACAUCGCGCUGCACCCUUGGUGCAAGCCGUCUAUCGUCCCGAGGUCAUGUUCAUCAUGAUCGCACGCCGCGUUCACUCGUCCUUUCGAGCUGCAGCUAACCUGCACCGAGUCUUUUGUUUCUUUUUCUCGGCCUUCUGUGUGAUCUCCUCCUCUCUCUUCUCGUGACCCCUUUCUCCUUAUAUAUUCUCUUUUCCUCUUUCCCCUUACUGUAUUACAUAUCUGUCUGUCUUUCUCCACCUAUGCCUACCCUUCCUAACUUAUCCUAUGCGCGGCUCUCUUCGCCGCAUUUCUUC